CAUUAGCGGGUGCGCCAGAUGAUUGGUACAGGAUGGAAGUCCCACGAGAGUGCGCCACGUGACCAGCUCCGCCGCGAGACGUCAGUGGCAGAUGGCACGGGUACCCGCGCUGGCAGUUGGCACGGGUGUCACUUUUCUCACAGAGAGGGAGAGAGAGACAGAGAGUGAGAGGAGGGUGAAAACGAGAUUAAAGGAAUUCUAAGUGGCUCACAGCAGACACAUGGAAGGCGCAUGGUGCUGAGACUGAGUGGAAUUUUAGAACAUGCGAGUCAAAUUUUAAGAGAAAAAGAAGGGACAAUGUUGACCGCGCCGCCAGAUGAGCCAGACGCAAUGCGCGAGCCUCAGUUCGGAGCAAGCUUCCCACGUCCGAGCGUCCAUGACAGUCUGAGACAAGAGCAACAAGAUCAUCGCAGACAAAGGUUCGACAACGUAGAUCAACAUGACGAACGCUCUGACAGGGACGAGGAAGAGCGAGACGAAGACCAAGACGAAGAGCAGGACGAGAGCGGCCUGAGCAAAAGGCGCACUUCCAGAAGACGCCAAUCGGGUGCCACGUGCUCGGACAGGGCCCGGUUGCGGCGCCAGGAGGCGAACGCACGUGAGCGCAGCCGGAUGCACGGACUGAACAGCGCACUGGAGAGCCUGCGCAAAGUUGUGCCGUGCUACUCGAGCGCUCAGAAGCUGUCUAAGAUCGAAACCCUGCGUCUGGCCAAGAACUACAUCCGGGCCUUGUCGGAAACGCUCAGCGCUGGCACGCGGCCCGACCUUGUGGCAUUCGCACGAACCCUGUGCAAAGGCUUAUCCCAACCAACCACCAACUUGGUAGCGGGGUGCCUGCAGCUCAACGCGGGUCGUUUCCUCGCCAGUCCUGGUGACGUCUCACCCCCGUGCGACGGCCCGUACGCGUACUCAAACGCAGAAACGAGCCGCGCAGACGCGCCCAAACACUUCCGACCUUUCUCCUACUGCAACAUGUAUGACUCGUAUUACAGCAGCGCGUCUCCGGACAGCCAACUCAGCCCGCCGGUGAACUAUAACGGCGUGUUCUCGUUUCAGAAACCCGACGAGCAGACGGAGUGCGUGGCGAGCUGCCGGUACGGCGCGACGUGCUGCGGCGCCCCGGCACGAGCCUCCACCAGCCGGCCUUCCGCAUACACGGUCUCCCCCGACAGCCACUUUUCGAACGAGCUGCGCAUGCGCAAUCAGCCCUUCCAAGCGCAGGAACAAUUACACGCGGUGUAUCACAAUUAAAGAGCAAAAACCGAGUUCGUUUUCCUUAUAAUGUGUCUUAAUAUAUUUAUUAUUUAUUAUAUAUUGCCCGAUUUUACUGCAUAGUUUAUUGUCUGUUGUACUCCCUAAAUGUACUCCCUUAUUUAUUGCACACUAAUAAAUGUCAGAUUGUUAA